AUGUUGCGCUGCCGCCUGCGUGGGGCGCUGUCGGCGCGGCGCAGCUUCGCGACGGCGUCGGCUGCCGCGUCCUCGCGCGCAUGGGAGCCCAUCGAGACCAAGUGGCAGAAGCGCUGGGCCCAGCAGGAGCUGCAGACGCCGACGCCCAACAGCAGCAGCAGCACCGGCGGCAAGGACCCAUUCUACUGCCUCGCCAUGUUCCCGUACCCGUCGGGCCAACUGCACAUCGGGCACGUGCGCGUGUACACCAUCAGCGACUGCAUGGCGCGCCUCAAGCGCAUGCAGGGCUACGACGUGCUGCACCCCAUGGGCUGGGACGCCUUCGGGCUGCCGGCCGAGAACGCGGCCAUCGAGCGCGGCAUCUCGCCCGCCGAUUGGACCGUGGCCAACAUCGCGCAGGCCAAGCAGCAGCUCCAGGCGCUCGGCAUCAAGUUCGACUGGGACCGCGAGGUCACCACGUGCGCGCCCGACUACUACAAGUGGACGCAGUGGAUCUUCCUGCAGAUGUUCAACAAGGGGCUGGCCUACCGCAAGGAGGCGCUCGUGAACUGGGACCCCGUGGACAAGACGGUGCUCGCCAACGAGCAGGUGGACGCAGAGGGCCGGUCCUGGCGCUCCGGCGCCAUCGUAGAGCAGCGCUCGCUGAACCAGUGGUUCCUGCGCAUCACCGAGUAUGGAGACCGGCUGCUGGACGACCUGGACAAGCUCACCAAGUGGCCGGAUGCCGUCAAGCGCAUGCAGUCGUCGUGGAUCGGACGCUCGCAGGGAUCGCAGGUGCAGUUUCAGGCGGUGCUGGAUGCCGAUGCCACGCAGCCGAUCCCGUUGACCGUGUUUACUACCCGUGUGGACACGCUCUUCGGUGUGAGCUUCGUCUCGAUGGCCCCUGACAGUAUUGGAGUUGAGGCUCUCCUCCCUCAUGUCCCCGCAGCCCAACGCGCUGCUGUCGACGCCUACGUCACUAAGGUGCGAGCCAUGAGCAAGGACGACCGAGGCAAGGGCGACACGACGGCUGGAGUGUUCACGGGUCUGUAUGCGUGCCAUCCGCUCACAGGCCGACACGUGCCUAUUUACUUGGCCGAGUACGUGCUGCCGCAUUACGGCACAGGCGUGGUCAUGGGCGUGCCGGCGCACGAUAGCCGAGACCUCGCAUUCGCGCGCCACCACAACCUAGAAGUGCGCUCUGUGGUGGGGAGCAGCGAUGGAUCUGUCUGCAACGAGGACGAGGUGUUCACAGAGCAUGGAGUGCUGCGCGACAGCGGCGAAUUCUCUGGUAUGACGUCUCAGGAAGCAAGCUCGGCCAUCAACGCUCGCCUCGAGGAAAAGGGCGUUGGCGGUGCCACGACGCAGUUCCGCUUGCGCGAUUGGCUUGUGUCUCGUCAGCGUUAUUGGGGUACGCCCGUGCCGAUCAUUCACUGCCCGUCCUGUGGACCUGUUGGUGUACCAACUGAGCAACUUCCCGUCGAGCUGCCGCCUGUGGGGCAGGAUGUCGCUGACGACCUGCGCGGGAAGGGAAGCAGCGACUCUCCUCUGGCGCGUAUGGCUGGCUGGAAACACUGCACGUGCACACGCUGCGGCGGCGAAGCAGAGCGCGAUACCGAUACUCUGGAUACGUUCGUUGACAGCUCAUGGUAUUACAUGCGUUACUGUGACGCCCGCAACGAUACUGCUGCAUUCGAGCCUGAGCAAGCGCGGACGUGGCUGAAGAAAGCGGGCGUGGACCUCUACAUUGGAGGCAUUGAGCACGCCAUUCUGCACUUGCUGUAUUCGCGCUUCGUGACCAAGUUCAUGUGCGACCAAGGGUUCCUGGCGACGGACGAGCCGUUCGCGCAGCUUCUCGCUCAGGGCAUGGUUCUUGGACGCACGCACAAGUCCCCUGGCUCGCUGCGACCGCUUGCUCCUGGCGAGUACGAGGAGGUGACGACUGAUGGACGUUCAGUCGUCGUAGAAAAGAAGAGCGGUCUGCCCGUGGUGACGCUGUGGGAAAAGAUGUCCAAGUCGAAGCACAACGGUGUGGACCCGGAGCAGAUUCGUGCACGUCAUGGAGCCGACGUGACGCGCCUCGCGGUGCUCUUCAAGGCACCGCCAGCUCACGAGCUGGAGUGGGACGAGGCUGACCUCGCUGGUCAAUCGCGCUGGCUGGCACGCAUUUGGUCGCUGUUGGAUGGUGCUUUGACGCACCGCGGUGAAGUUGGAUCCGUUGCAGAGGAGGAAGAGGAGAAGGAGCUUCGACACGAGCUGCACGGCACGAUCAAGCGUGUAACCGAGGCUCUGAAUGACUAUCAGUCGUUCAAUGUUGCGAUUGCCGAACUCAUGAAGCUGUCCAACCUGCUCGGAGAGCGUCGCACGUUGCUUCAGGGCUCCGCCGUGUAUGAGGAGGCUCUGCGGGCGCUGGUUCAGAUGCUGGCACCGUUGGCGCCCCACACCGCAGCUGAAAUGUUCCAGGUCCUGCAAGACGGUGACGAGGCAGCCGAUGUGCAUGCGUGUGCGUGGCCCGCGUAUGACCCGGCUCUGUUGGAACGUGCUCAAGUCAAGGUGGUGCUGCAAGUGCAGGGCAAGCCGCGCGAUACGAUUCUCGUUGAUCCUGCCCUGCUGGAUGCCCGAGACUCGGAAGCCGUGCUGGCGCUGGCACUAGCCUCCCCAGCUGUGCAACGCCAUUUGCAGGGCCGCGACGUGCGCAAGGCCAUUCUCGUUUCCCCCAAGAAGCAGGGAGCGCAUGGACUGCUGAACAUUGUGGCAAUGUAG